AUACUAAGAAAAGCUUCGUCGAAAAGAAGAAAAAAAGGAGGCGGUAAUUGUCAGUGUAAAAAUGGCGAUCGACUAUUAGUCGCCAAAGAAGCGCGUGCUAUUGGAGGGACCUAUGGGAUUGAUGAGGCUCGAGAGCCAAUGAGACAGCGCCAAAUGAGUGACCGCUCUCCAGUUAAAGGGGGCGUAAGAAGAGCUAGUGCCAGUCCACUGAGAAAGACAGACCCUCCGAGAUAAACACAGAAGAGCGAGAGAAAUAAACAUCCCGAUCCGAGAUGCUUGAAGAACGCGUCGCGCGCUUAAAGAAGACACAGUAAGAUAGUCAUCAUCGACUCAUUUUAAAGGGAAGACUAAAAGGAAUCUUUUUUUUCUUCUUCUUUUUCUUCUUGCCCUUCAAUGGGAUUUUAAGUUAGAAGUUAUAGACAAAAAAAAAAAAAUCUAGGCGAUUUUUUUCUCUCCAUGUGUGAGGAUUAGGACAUACAAGUUUUACCUCAUGUCGUGUUUUCAAAUCUGGAAGUUAUUACUUCCAUAGCUUACAGGCUUCUCUGUGUAUUUAUUUUGGCGUUUAUCUGGGCCGUUACAGGUAAACAGCUUUGAGCAAAAAAAAAAAAAAAAACAACAACAAUUUGUGUAAAGUGAGAAAUAAUGUUACUGGACGCUGGUCAUCAGUUCCCAGGCUUGGGAGUGGGAACAUUUGCGAGGCAUCACGCGACGGGCGACAUGCAGGACAGGGACUUGAGUUUAGCGCAGAACAGCUUCGUUGACUCUGCGCACAUGGGCGCUUUUAAACUGAACCACGAUCUCUCCCCCGGACAGAGCUCGGCUUUCACCUCUCAAGCCCCCGCUUACCCCGCCGCGGCACUGGGCGCGCACGCGGCUCACGUUACCUCGUACACGAGCUCGCCGUUCAACUCGACGCGGGACUUCCUUUUCCGUAGCCGUGGGUUCGGAGAAUCGCCCCCGGCGAGCGGCCAGCAUGCCAUCUUCGGCCCCACUGCGGGGUCCCUGCACCAUUCCCACGCAGACAGCCAAGGCCACAUCCUGUUCCCGGGGAUCCACGACCAGCACGCCUCGCACGGAUCCCCAAACGUGCUCAACGGGCAAAUGCGACUUGGACUACCCGGCGAGGUGUUCGGACGAUCAGACCAAUAUCACCAGGUCUCAAGCCCACGGACCGACCCUUACUCAGCAGCCCAACUUCACAACCAAUACGGCUCCAUGAACAUGAAUAUGGGGAUGAACAUGGCAGCGCAUCACCACCAUCCCGGUGCCUUCUUUCGCUACAUGCGGCAACAGUGCAUCAAGCAAGAGCUCAUCUGCAAAUGGAUCGAUCCGGAGCAGCUGAGCAGCCCGAAGAAAAGUUGCAAUAAAACUUUUAGCACAAUGCACGAGCUUGUCACCCACGUCUCAGUCGAGCACGUCGGAGGACCGGAGCAAAGUAACCACAUCUGCUUUUGGGAAGAUUGUCCACGGGAAAGCAAACCUUUCAAAGCUAAAUACAAAUUAGUGAAUCACAUUCGCGUGCACACGGGAGAAAAACCGUUCCCCUGCCCGUUCCCUGGCUGUGGCAAAGUAUUCGCCCGAUCAGAGAAUUUGAAGAUCCACAAGAGGACACACACAGGCGAGAAACCAUUCCAGUGUGAGUUUGAAGGCUGCGACCGGCGCUUUGCAAACAGCAGUGACCGGAAGAAGCACAUGCACGUGCACACGUCGGACAAACCGUAUUUGUGCAAAAUGUGCGACAAAUCCUACACUCAUCCCAGUUCUCUUCGAAAGCACAUGAAGGUUCAUGAAUCUUCCCCGUCAGUGUCCGACUCGUCUCCUGCAGCAAGCUCUGGAUAUGAGUCAUCUACACCCCCCGGGCUGGUGUCACCCUCCACUGAGACUCAGAGCAACACCAACCUGUCGCCCUCAUCCGGUGUACACAGCUCAAACGCACACAGUGGCCUGUCGUCCAACUUCAGUGAGUGGUAUGUUUAGGACUGGAUCAGUCCACAAAGAAGUAUUUCUUACACACACUCACACAUGCACACACACAUACACACAUACACACACACACGCCGCUCCAGUAAAACCUGGGGUCUAAAUGAGACUUGUACAACUACUAGGCCUAAAGCCUGUAUCUUGCGCUAUUCUCCCGGGAGUGAUCCUCAUCAACCGAAGAAACGUGCACAAAGAAGCACUCCUUCAUUUGUAAAUAAUUUGCACCCUUUUUCCCAGUUGCUGUAAUAGAUUUUUUUUUUGUCAAUUUUUUAUUUUUUUUUAUUUUAUUAAUAUUAUUAUUAUUAAUUGUUUUGGUGUAUAGAUGUCGCUUCAAUGGUAGCUAUUUCUCUAACCGGACUUUUAGUGCACAUAUUACGAUAAAAAAAUUGUAUAUGGUCAUAAAUAUUGUUGCUCUCAUUAAGGCAAGCUGAUUGUACCUAAAAACAUCUAUGAAAUGGUAUGAGUGCCAAAGUCAACACUUUAAACGAAGACGGACACAAUAUUUGCUUGUGAAUGUAUAUUUUCGUUUGCUGGGCUUAACUUGUGAUGUUUUUUGUGCUUUGAAAAGUUCGAAUUUGUGAAAUAUAUUUGGAAGAUGUGAGGAAAAAUAAACGUCGUGCAGUUCAAUUUUCUGCUACCACACCCUUCCUUUUGUAAAUAUCGACUGCCAUAUUUAUCCAUUUGUAAUUAAAUUAUGGUAUUUACUUGCAACAGAUGAAACAAUAUUUAUAAAGAAUGUUUCUUUACUAUAAAUAUGUACAAUUAUGAGCUGAACAGAGGCAGGUGUUUUUGUUAUGUGUUUUUGUUCAAAGUUCAAGAGGUGUUUUCUCCAUUAUUGUGAUAAAAAAUACUGCAUACAAAUAUAAUAAAAUGUGGUUCAAGUGUUAAA